AUGGCUAUCCGUUUGCUAACAGACUUGGUAUAUAGCGUCAAUUGUGGUUGUCAAUUAUCCGAUCAACAUUUCGCUGAAAUUAUUAAUGCUCGCGAAGAAGCGAUGCUUGUAUUAAGGAGCUAUUUUGAGAUUAGUGCAAUAUUUCUAGACCUGUUUGAAAAUGAAUUACGUCGUAUUCAAUCAGCACUUCCUCUACUAUCUACAUUAGCUACAGAUGCUCGUCUGUUAAUACAACCGUAUUCAUCAUUCUUGGAGCAAUCAAACGAGAUAACAAAACAUACUACUAAUGCUACUACUAGUAGUAAUAAGAUGCAAAUGUUGACAUGUAAUGAUAUGGAUUUAAUCUAUCGAUUACCGAAUAAUGAACGUGAGCAUAUUCAACGUGCAAUCGGGAUAUAUCUUAUUGUACAUAUUUGGUUAGAAAGAAUGCUGACUUUAAAAAUGAAUGUUACCUCAUGUCAAGAUGUUAUUGUCGAUGCUGAUAACAUUUGUUUAUCAGUUCAGAAUUCGGAGAUAUUUCCAAAUGAUUUGUUUUCCAAUCUUGUUGGUAUACCUGGAUUAGGAGGAUUUUGUAGUAUACCAGAUCCUAAAACAACUACACCUUCAUUAAAGACAGGAGAUAGACUAGACCUAUUCUCUGAAACACUGAUUGGAUGUACAGUGGAAUGUUCUGGCAUUCAUGAAAAACGUUUUAUAGUUAGUUGUGGUCAGCAGUUGGUUCUGGUAAAACCUGACUCAAAACAACUUGGUUGGGGUGUCAUAACAUUUAUUGGACCAUUACAAGAUUUGGAAUCUCAUUGUGAUCCAGCUGAUAGUCGUUGUCUUCAUGUGACCAUUCAUGCGCCUGGUCAUUUAACCUGUCAAAAUUCCAGUCCUGGACGAUUAUUCAGUAAUAUUAAUAAUACUGAUAGUAAAUCGCCGAUUAUGGUUGCAAAGUUUCUAUUUGAAGAUCAUAUACGUUGUAUGACAGCUCGGCAAUUAUUGUCCCGUGGUAAAACAGUCGUUGAACAAACGAAACUACGGAAGAUCGCAUCUUUGCUUGAUUUCCCACCUCAAUUUAUACGCGAAAAGUUUUUAGCUAACAACACAAGUACUGGUUAUAACAAUGCCAUUGUUGGUAGUAAAAAUUAUAUGUGUAAUAACCAACACACAAUGAUUGUCAACAACCGUUUUGAUCCGGCAAAUACACGUGGUAUGCACUUAAAUAGUAGCAGUAGUAGUGUUAAACGAAUCAGUACAAAUGUAAUAACUGGAACGAAAAGAGCUGAACAAUCACCGCCUGUGCAAAUAAGAAAGUUUAUAAAUGACAAUGACAAUAAUAAUACUAAUAAGGAUAGCAGUGGUAAGACUGGUGAAAGUGUACGCCCAGGUGUUUGUCUAUUUGAUCAGCAAGGUGAUGUAAAUACAUCUGGUUGUUUACAUGAUACAUAUGGAACUGACUCAUCACCGUUAGUGGCACCAUUAGUUUGUUUGGCUAAUUCAAGUACUUCAACAAUUUCAAUGACUAAAGCAAUAGAGUCAACUGCAUCAACGAGUACUCUUGGUGAACCAGUUGUAAAAUCUAAUCCACUGCAAACUUUUACCAUCAUUAAAACACCUAACAGUAGAACAAUGAAUCAACAAGAAAUUUCCCAAUUAAAGUCAUCUUCUGUUCACAAAACAGUAGGUGAUGGAAAGAGAAUCAAUAAGAAGAAGGAAGACAAGCAGCAGUGGCCACAGCUACAUGAGGAUGAGGACGAGCAGAUUGUCGAUGAAAAGAAAAAACUUAUCAAUUUAUCUGAAGCGUUUUCCAAUUUAAAAUCAGAUAUGUUUACAAGUGACUAUUCAAGUGGAAAUAAACAAGCUGAACACCAGUGCUUAUCUUCUGAAUCCAAACAGUCAAACUAUUCAUCAGGUGAUAUUUCCAAUGUGUAA